GGAGGAGUUCUCUCAUCCGCACAGACACUCGUCUACACCCGGGGUAUUAAAAUGAAAAACACACAUUUUCUCACUGGCCUCUUGCUACUCUUCUUCAUGGACAGUAGCCUGGCACAGCCGCUACAAGACUACAUCACAAGCUCAGAGAUGGUGGGGCAGCUCCUCGAGGAGCGCCAAGACUCACCCGUGGUGAAGAGGCACUCGGAGGGUACCUUCUCCAACGACUACAGCAAGUACCUGGAGACUAGGAGGGCCCAGGACUUUGUGCACUGGCUGAUGAACUCGGAGAGGAACGGCAGUCCGACGAAGCGCCAUACUGACGGCACCUAUACCAGCGACGUGAGCUCCUACCUGCAGGACCAGGCUGUGAAAGACUUCAUCACCCGGCUGAAGAGUGCGCCGUCAAAACAAGAUUGUGCCAGGAAGGGACAAGCAGAUCUAAUGCAAAAGAGGCAUGUGGACGGGAGCUUCACCAGUGAUGUCAACAAGGUGCUCGACAGUCUGGCGGCCAAGGAGUACUUAAAGUGGGUCAUGAGCUCCCAGACGUCAGGGACAAGUGGAAAACAAGACUGAAACCAACGAGAGCUUCCGCUGCAGGAGUGAGGUUUUUGGAUGUUGUUCUCUAUGCAGAAGACCUUCC